CUUAGCUCAGUUAGGCUGCUGAUUAGCAACAAACAGAAGGUUACGAGUUUAGAAAUUGGACUAUUUGACGGCCACACCGAGCCUACGGCUACUCGACCGGCACCAACUAUGUCGGGUGUCUAACCAGAACGUGUGUGGUUGCUUUUUGAAGGGGGAGCGGCGGUGAAUUGCAACAUUGCGGGCUUGUCGCGGAGGCAACCUCGCUUUUAGGUCGUUCAAGUGGCGAUGCUGAGCUGAUAGCUGCGUCAUCAUGUUGCUUCCGACUCGAGUUGGCAAAAAGAAAUCACAAGUUAACGCUAGCGGUGAGGCUACCCGCCGUCAUCUAGCACCGGAGGCCACUCCCGACCCCUGAGGUAGAUGGAAAGCGGGCUGCUGGGGAGCAUUUGGCGGUGAAGUCUGGUUACGUAGCGUCCGUUAAAACUGGUCACUUUACAUCAGUUGGUUCGGAGCAGUUGGCGCGUUAGUCUGCUGGCUGCAUUAAUUAUCUCCACUUGGAUGGACAGUUGCACAUUUCUAUUGAUGUUGCACGGCUAUUGAAGCCACAGUUCUGUACAGAAACGUGGCUAAAUGUUUUUUCUACUCGAACAAAUUGACUGUAUUAUUUGUGAUAUAUGACUAUUCAGUUUUUGGAUAGUUAAAAGUGAUGCUUUCACUGAGAGACUCAUAGGGGUACAAAGCAGAACCCCUCUGUGUUGUCUCCCAUCUGAUGGUGACUUUCUUAUAGAUGACAAAACAAGCUUUUAUAAGCCACAAUGAGAGACUUUGCUGUUUGUGUUGGCCACUUGGCUUUGUAGUCGUCAGAUAGAUAUUUUUAUUCUAUUUUAGGUGUUUAAAGAGUGUUUCGGGUGACUUUUGAGGGGUCGGUGUGCUGUUGUUUACUGUCACCCCAUCCACGUGGAUUAUAGGUCAGUGGGUGAAGUUUGGCUGACGCGCUAGAGGCGAGUAAAACAAGGACUGAGGGAUUAAUUCAGAGAUUUGAAGACGCUGUUUCCCAUUUGAAGUCGGGACAAAGUUACAUUUUAGAGUAUAGAACCGGUUAAAAAUGGCCGGUGACUGCGCCCACACCAAUGCUCAUUACACGAGCAUAAAGGCGUUUUAUCCGUCCAAACCCUGGUCGGAUGGAGACGGAGACAGAACCAGAGAGAUGGAGGCUGCAGGGAACUCUGCAGGGCGUGGACCCCCUGCACGGUGGUCGUCCAACUUUGAGAUGAUAGACGGGCUGCUUUACCGCAAGAAGCUUGAGAAGGGCUUCAUCAACUAUCGGGAGGUUUUGGAUGAGGACAGGAGACACGAGGCCCUGUCCACCUUUCACCGGAGGAGGCGGCCUGGCCAGCAGCACCUCUCUCUGGAGGAGACUUACAAAUGCGUGGCUGAAAACUACUGGUGGGAGGGGAUGUACUUCCAGAUCAGAGAUUUUGUCUUGUCCUGUCCAGAAUGUAAAAGCCAGCGCAACAAGAAGACUGAGGAGCAGGGUGGCAGAGGAUGUGUCACCAAGACGAUGGCGUCACAUGGCGCUGACAUGCUGAGCAAGCUGAGGAGUCAGCGGGAGGCGGGGCUGUUCUGUGACAUCACCCUGCGGACAAAUGGGAGAUCGUACUCAGCCCACAGAGCCGUGCUGGCGGCCGUCAGCGAUCACUUCCAGGAAAUCUUCACAGACAUGGAUUCAAGCAUGACAGCGGACAUAGAUCUCACUGGCUUCAGUGAGGACGGCCUCCUGUCUCUGCUGGAGUUCUCUUACUCCUCCACUCUGUGCGUUCGCCAGGAGGACUUACCUGAGGUCAUCGCCAUGGCCCGCCACCUGGGCAUGUGGCCCGCAGUGGAGGCUUGCUCUGCUCUCAUGAAAGAACAGGAAGAGAAACUCCAUCCUGGCAGAGGAUUUACCCCUGCCUGUCAGCGCCAGCAGAGGGAAAACAAAAAGAAAGAGGUCUGGAGUUUGGAGGACGCUAUGGACAACAGCUUUAGUCUAACUCUGGAUGCAUCAGAUGAGUCUUUUGAAGAAAGUCCAAGGCGCAAUUUGCGAAGGACUCCAAAAUCCCAAAGCCAUAAUGGUCUCCCUCUGAGUCCUACACACAGGAUGAAGCUCAUGGACUUUAAAUCUCCCUCAUCAAAGAAAGCCACUACACCCCGACACGCCAUAUCGUCCCUACGGUCCCACAGCCACUCACCUGUGUCGCCAUCAAACACCCGUCUUCUCCGCUCCACUCCUGGAGCCGCUAAGGAGGUUCAAAGAUUUCUACCGAAGCCCGAAACUCCUCGACGGAACAAAAAACCUCACCCUAUCAGCCGGCUCUCGUGCCCCUCCAGGAUGAGGCCGGGCGCGGGGUGCAGCCCUGUGAGGGUGAAGCAGGAGGUGGAGGAGGUUGGAGAGGAUGAGGAGGAUUAUGCAAGGGCCCAGGAGAAAUACAAGCUGAUGAAUGUUCUUGGCUUACAGAGGACCGCCCUCCUCCCCAGACCAGAAGAUCUGAUUGGCUGGAGACAAAAGAAACGACUAAGGAAGCUGAAGGCCAACAACUACUCUCUAACAAAGAGGCGGAAACCUCGCUCCACCUCACCAGGACUGCCGUUCGGGGAUGUGACCCUGUCGCUCCCACUCUGUAACCCCAUUAACUCUCGCCUACUUAGCAAGUCGGGAAAGUCAAAGCCGCUGAGUCUCAUCAGCAAUGAUCAGUCUUCAAAGAGGCCAAAGAUCAUUUCCAGACAUGUCCCCCCCAGUGACAGGAGCAUGAGGAGCAAAGGUGUUCUACCUGACAUGUUCCUGCCUGCAUCCAUGGUGUCCCUCGGUGGGAGAGAGCUCAGACGCUCUGUGAGGAAAGGUGAUGGUGCCCACUCUUCUUUACAGCAACCUCUGCGACGCAAAACCAACAAAACUCUGGUGAGAAAACCAGUAAGGAUCAAGCAAGAACCAGUUGACUACUCCAUCUCAGGUCUUUCACUUCCAUCAAACAAUCGCCGUGGCAGCACGCCACACAAAUCCCCGCCCAAGCAGAAUUCACAGAGUAGAAAUAUGGUCAGUGUGGAGACGGUCAGAGUGCUGCGUUACAACAGCGGCCGAUCAGCAGCAAAGGCUAAGCUAAGACGAGGCUCCGUAAGAGUAGUGGAAAAGUCCAAGUGUAAGGCCAGAGAAGAGGGGAGGAAGGUUGAGGGCCCGGGGCAUCAGGGAGUCAUGGACACCAGGCCAAGAACAAAGGUUAGUGAACCCUGUGGGCUCCAGUUUUCCGAGCAGGCACCUCCACCUUCCAUCUACAACCACCCUCUCUACAAAGUCAUCAAAGAGGAGCCAGCAGAGCCUGUGCCAGUGGGUGGUGGACCCUUCUCCGAUCCGCCAUCACCUGACCUGGGCAAGCGCCAGAGCAAGCCCCCCAUCAAGCUCCUUGACUCAGGCUUUCUAUUCAGCUUUUGUCGACCAGCAGGGGGUGCAAUGGCGGGGCUAAAGAGAGAAGAGGAGAGCGUGGAUAUCUGCUUGACACGUUCGGUGUCACAAGUAGGGGAAAGAUUUGGAGUGAAGGAGUCUCCUCACAGGGCACUAAGAGCCAGAGUGCCCCCCACCCUGUCUGUGGUGAAGAGAGAGAAGGAGGAGAGGAGCGUGAGCCAAAGCAAGGUGCAGAGACCCCGGCCAAGCUCUCGAAACAACACUCUUCACCCAAACAAGACCGUCAGUUCAAAGGCCAAACUCACCAUACCAAAGCAACAAGGUUCACCCCUCCCUCUGAGCAGCAGGAGCUGUGUCAUGAUGGAUGCUGUACGUCGGGCAAGACUAAAGCAGCUCCGAGGCCCUCGUAGUCAAGUCCCCAAACUCCCAAAGGCAGCCCAUGCUUGCCUCCAGUGCCCUGCCUCUUACAAAGACUGUGAUGCUCUGAUCAUGCAUCGCCUCAGGCACAUUGAGGGCAAGCACUGGCCAUGUCUGCUCUGCAGUAAGACGUUUUUCCGACUGAGGAAUGUAAGAAACCACAUCCGCACCCAUGACCCCAAGUUGUACAAAUGCCGUAGCUGUAUCAUUUCUGGCUCUUGAGUCUGCUGGAGGUUCCACUCCAACAGUGAGACUGAGGAUGAAGGCUGGUCAGUGUCAGCGACACGGCAGGCAGGACGACCAAUCAGCAGCUUGUACAUAAUGCAUCUGUCACACACAAGCACAAGGGUCUGUGGAAAGGAAUAAUGACUCUGAUUCUAAUCAUUGCAGCUGUCAAUUCUUGCUAAUGUUAUUUAAAUAACUCAACCAAGAUUCUGGUCCUGUUAGCAUUAAUCCAGAAGGUUAAACUUGAACAUUACACUCAGGGGGCGGGGAUUGUGAUGCCACGGUAUUUAACAUCACGGUUGUGUAUAAAAUGAAAUGUAAAGUGAUUGUUAUAACUAUUACUGCUACUUUAUUGUUAUUUUUCUAUGUAUAGAUUAAUUUCGAGUGCACUUAUAUUAUAGCUUAUGUGGUAAACCUAAGAAGUGGUGAUGAAUUGAAGGUUUGACGUCCACAACAGGAAUACUUGAAGUGAUGCAAGUGCUGGAGGGAAUACUUGAAGUCAGAGGAGUGAGACGGUCCUUUGGGUGUUUAAAGUGGAUUUAUUUUUUGUCCUUUUUGGUGUGCUAACUUUUAAAUGACCCGACUAGUGUCCCUCCUUUCGUGAUCUGCUAGUCCAGGAGUUGGAUAUGUGACUCUGACAUGGUGAUGCCACUGCAUGUGUAUCUGCAGGCCGUUUGUAGUCCACUGUUUUUCUAAGUCUGCCUAUUUGAAAAAGGGAACGCUGUCUCGUUUUUAAAUGUGAAUUUCUGAACAGUAAUCAUCACAGAUGUGUCAUUACAAACGUUUUAUUGAUCUCCUCUCCCACUUUAAUCCAAGACGAGAAAUCCAACCCCCUCCUAAUGUUGAAAUGCAAUGUGUUCACAUAAAGAGAUGUUUAUGUUUCACAAAUUGAUUUUACAAAUAAGCGGUCUCUUGUUAUCUGUAAAAAGACUGAAUAAAUUUUUGCUUUUUA